CACGGCGAAUUGGCCGACAGUGAGUCAUACACCAGUGGUCGGAACUUGAAAUAUGACGAUAAGCAAAAUGGGAGGAAAGUCGUUGCUAGCUUACUGAAGUUGGGGGGUUCUCCUUGUGGAAGAGGUAGAGGUGGCGGCGCAUACCACGAGUUCACUCUCAUAAUCAAAGGAGUGAGCCCAGCCUUCCAACAUACCUCCCCCUUUCAUUGGGCUAAGAUGAGUAUUACCAGUGAUGAAGUGAACUUCUUGGUCUACAGAUACCUCCAAGAAUCAGGUUUCUCCCACUCAGCAUUCACCUUUGGCAUUGAGAGCCACAUCAGCCAGUCCAACAUCAAUGGAACACUAGUGCCCCCUGCAGCCCUCAUCUCCAUCCUGCAGAAAGGGCUUCAGUAUGUGGAGGCAGAAAUUAGCAUCAAUGAGGACGGUACAGUCUUCGAUGGUCGACCGAUUGAGUCGCUGUCGCUCAUUGACGCGGUGAUGCCUGAUGUGGUGCAGACGCGGCAGCAGGCCUUCCGCGACAAGUUAGCCCAGCAGCAGGCUACCUGUGGCAUGGCAGCUUCAACCUCUGGAAACCAGUCUAAUGCACCAAAGAAUGGAGAAGCCACCGUCAAUGGGGAGGAGAAUGGCACUCACAACAUGAAUAACCACAGUGAACCCAUGGAGAUGGAUGUAGAUGUUGAGAUACCAGCCAGUAAAGCCACAGUACUCCGAGGCCACGAGUCCGAAGUGUUCAUCUGUGCCUGGAACCCUGUCAGCGAUCUGCUGGCCUCGGGCUCGGGAGAUUCCACUGCCAGGAUCUGGAACCUGAACGAGAAUAAUAACUCUAACUCCACCCAGCUGGUGCUGCGCCACUGUAUCCGAGAAGGUGGUCAGGAUGUCCCCAGCAACAAAGAUGUUACCUCACUAGACUGGAAUAGCGAUGGGACUCUCCUGGCAACAGGCUCAUAUGACGGAUUUGCCAGGAUAUGGACAAAAGAUGGAACUCUGGCAAGCACCUUGGGACAGCACAAAGGGCCUAUAUUUGCACUCAAGUGGAACAAGAAGGGAAACUCUAUUCUCAGUGCUGGAGUAGAUAAGACGACAAUCAUUUGGGAUGCACACACAGGAGAAGCAAAGCAGCAGUUCCCUUUUCAUUCAGCUCCUGCUUUGGAUGUCGAUUGGCAGAACAACACCACCUUCGCCUCCUGUAGCACAGACAUGUGCAUCCACGUAUGUCGACUUGGCAACGACCGACCCCUCAAGACCUUCCAGGGACACACGAAUGAAGUUAACGCCAUUAAGUGGGAUCCAUCAGGUAUGCUGCUUGCAUCCUGCUCAGAUGACAUGACGUUAAAGAUUUGGAGUAUGAAGCAGGAGACCUGUGUUCACGACCUCCAGGCUCACAGCAAAGAGAUCUACACAAUCAAGUGGAGCCCCACAGGCCUGGGCACAAACAACCCCAACUCCAACAUCAUGCUCGCCAGUGCCUCAUUUGACUCAACAGUGCGACUGUGGGAUGUCGAGCGAGGGAUUUGUAUUCACACGCUGACCAAGCACCAGGAGCCUGUCUACAGUGUGGCUUUCAGCCCUGAUGGCAAACAUCUGGCCAGUGGCUCUUUUGAUAAGUGUGUCCACAUUUGGAACACUACAACCGGAGCUUUGGUGCACAGCUACAGGGGCACUGGUGGUAUUUUCGAAGUGUGCUGGAACAGCACUGGGGACAAAGUUGGUGCCAGUGCAUCAGACGGCUCGGUAUGUGUCCUUGACCUUCGAAAAUAGCCGACUUCAGACUUUGAUGAAUCCUGCAACAUGCAGCAAAUUGGCUUCCUCUGACAUCAGCAGACACACUCGUUGCUCAAGUGGAGUUGUUCAGGUGGACUGAAAUAAAAGGAGUAAAACCAGAUCACACCCAGCAGCUUCUGACCAGUGGAGUCCAGUUCACCUUCGUUUGUUGAUGUGCAUUUUUAAUGAUACACCUAUUUGGAAUUUGGUAUGGAAGCCAGUUAAGAGAUCCCCAAGACUGGACUGAAUCCAACUCCCAGCGUGUAUCCAUGUUUUAAAAGGUGCCUAAUGAGGAAGUGCUGUGCACCCUUCAGGCCAUUUGUCCAACUGUUAUGGGGUUGUGGAAACACAAAGAUGUUUUAUAUUAAAAAAAAAGUGUUAGAGAUACAUUUGGGUUUGAAAGGCAACACAUUAUGAAAGAAAGAUUUUUAGAAAUCCUUUGUGCAAAUGUUACUUCAUGUCCAAAUGAAAUAAUUGGGAGUGUGAGAAAAGUAUUAGACACUGAAGCACUGGUGCUGUCUGUUGACAGGGUGCUUAACUUCUCCUCAGUGGAGAAUAGUUUGUUUCAAGAUGGACUUUUGGAAGUCAAAAUUUAACGCGCCGCUACGAGGUCAUUCUUAGUUCAUGUUUAACUUAAGGUCAGCAAAAGGAAAACCUGCCAAGAAAUAGUUCUGACCUAAAAUGACUGGCUCAGUAAACCUAGGAAUAGAAAAUGUCAUUUUGUGGGCAUAAUGUGAAAAGUGUGGUUUACAAAGAGAAUCUUUUUCCCUAUUGUGGAUGUAAAUUUAAAGAAUGUAAAGAUAUGUAAAUUAGAUGAAUACACAGACUUAUAUACUGUGUAUAUAUGUUUAUAUACAGUACACAUAUACAGUACACUUUAUUGCCAUCCUGUCAGGGCUCAUUAAUGGCUAGAGCUGUCAAAUCUUUACUGAUGAUGCAUUACAAGACUUCUU